GGGAGGUAACUCUAAAUAACUAUCCCUCAACAACAACAAUGACGAUCACAAGAUUGCGAAUCCGUUACAGCAAAUGUAUCAAUUUAUUGACGCUCUUUGUUAUUGUCAUGGGUGGUGGUUUCCAAGUAACAUGCAAGCUCCUUGCAGGGUACGUUAUGCCACAUGGAGGAAUCGCCCUUGACCCUUCCCACUUCAACACAACGAACACGACAUCGAGAGCAGAGGCAUGGGAAAUACACAAGGCGUGUGUGGCAGUGGGGCAGCAGAUAGACGAGAUCUCGCCGGAUCUCAUAUUCUUGAGUACACCUCACGGGAUUUCCGAUUUGCGAAAUUUUGUAUUUUAUUUGAAUCCCGAGGCGCAGGGAGGGGCUGAUACAGACAACUGUCAGUGUCCCCCGUGUUGUUACAAUGUGUCGGUGGGGAUGGAUGUCAAUGUGUCACAGCAGCUUGCAGCGAAGUUUGGAUAUGACAGAAAUGUGUCAGGGAUAUCUGGCUACGGACCACCAGGUCAAAGCAGCGAACCCUUUCCGCUCAGAUGGGGAGAGGUGAUCCCCCUUCACUUCGUGGGUGGCCCCGCCCUGUCUAGAUCCCGGGUGGUCAUCCUGUCACAGCCCAGUCGCCGCUACACGGAUCAGGUCACCAUGAUCCCCGAACUCCUGAAAGUAGGUUCCGACCUAUACGCGUACCUGGAAGGGCUACCAGAACGAGUAGUGAUGAUCAUCAGUGCUGACCUCGCUCACACGCACCUGCCUGAUGGACCCUACGGCUACUCCAAUACGUCGGAGCCUUUUGAUAUGGCUGUAGGUGAGUGGGCGGGGUCACUGGACGAGCAGGCGCUACUGGUCACUGCCUCGCAUUUGGUGGACAGUGCUCUCUCGUGUGGGUACACAGGCCUUGUGAUGAUGCACGGGGUGUUCUCUGCAGGAGGUCUGUUGUCAUGGCAACCGGAUCUCCUUGUCAACCACCACCCAAGUUACUACGGUAUGAUGGUUGCGUCGAUCACAAGACGAAAUAUCGUGCAGAUGCCCUGAAUAUACAUUUGCAAAGUCAAUAUUGUACAGAAUUAGAAGAAUAUUAAUACUGGGUGAACGCCAUGAUCUCUUAACACCGUCGAGUGUAUGUGAUAAAACUGAUUAAAUGCUUUGUUGAUAAA